AUGGAUUGGUUGGGAAGGGACAAAUGUCAAAGUUGGGGUUCCUAUAGGGAGGGAAUCUUUGUGCUUAUGGGGUUUCCUUGGUUGGGGACUCUCUUGGGACCUUCCCUCUCAUCCCUCUCUUCCUAUCCCAACCUUUCUCUUGCUCCUUCUAAAUUCCUUAGGUAGAGGCCGAGGUGACUAUAAUGAGGGGCAUGGGAGCUCCAGUGGCAGGGGGAGUACCAGAAUGGAGGGCACCUGCUGGUACUGCAAGAAGGUUGGGCAUCCUUGGUUCAAGUGCUUCAGCAGGCUGGAGGGAUGGGCACCUCCAGGCAUGAAGCCGCCCAGUGGACCAGCCAAGACCCCACUUGCACUUGUGCAUAUGGAUGUGGUGGGGCCCACAAGAGCCCCUUCCCUCUCAGGCAGCCGCUAUUUCUUGACAAUUGUGGAUGACCACACUCGAGCAGUGUGGGUUUACCCUUUGAACAGCAAGGGGGAGGUGGCAGCGGCUGUCCUUAAGGAGUGGAUGCCGAGAGCUCAGAGGGAAUGCGGACACAAGGUGGAGGUUGCAGUGUCAGAGGAGGAGAUGUCUGGGGUGACUGAGGAAGGGGGAGCAGCUGAGGUGGAGCAGCAGCAGCAGCAUGAAUCUCCACCUCGAGUUCCACACCCGCCUGAGCGUCCUAGGAGGGAUGUGCGCCCUCCUGGACAAAUGUCAAAGUUGGGGUUCCUAUAGGGAGGGAAUCUUUGUGCUUAUGGGGUUUCCUUGGUUGGGGACUCUCUUGGGACCUUCCCUCUCAUCCCUCUCUUCCUAUCCCAACCUUUCUCUUGCUCCUUCUAAAUUCCUUGUGAGAUUCUUGAACUUUGAUU